AUGAAUUCAGUGGAGGACAGAGAGGAGGAUCUUGUGGGGGAAGAACCCAAACCUUUGGAUCACUACAUACGGGAAGGGCUGAAAGAACUGUAUGAGGAAAAGCUUCUGUGUGAUACAACUAUUGUGGCUAAAGGGGAACGAUUUCCCUGUCACAGGAUGCUCCUGGCAGCGAUCAACCCCUACUUCCGAGCCAUGUUCUCCAACUCUUUCCGAGAGUCCCAGGACGGGGAGGUGUACCUGCAGGACAUGGAGCCCUCCAUCAUUCAAGCGGUGGUGCGCUACUACUACACGGAGGAAGUAAUACUCAUGCCCGAGAUGGCCGAAGAUCUCUUUGAAGCAGCCAGCCGCCUUCAGAUCCUUCCUCUGCUGGAGAGCUGUUCCAGGUUCCUGCUGGAGCACCUGGGCCCGGAGAACUGCCUGCGCGCCUACCAGCUGGGCUUCGCGCACAGCGACGCCGCGCUCUUCCAGGAGGCCAAGGCGCUGGUCCACGCGCACUUCAAGCGCCUCUCGCAGGAGGCGCCCGCCUUCCUGGAGCUCAGCCCCAGCGCGCUGGCCAGCAUCCUGGCCGCCGACGGGCUGCUGGUCUCCUCCGAGCUGGUGGUCUACCGGGCCGCGUGGCGCUGGGUGGCGGCGCAGGGCGCGGCGCGGCGGCCCUUCCUGGCCCCGCUGCUGGCGCACGUGCGCUUCCCGCUGCUGACGCCCGACGAGCUGCGCCAGGUGCAGGCCGAGCUGCUGCGCUCGCGGGAGCUGCGCCCGCGCUGGCGGCGCCUGAGCCGGCAGGAGCGGCUGGCGCAGUGCCGCGGGCUGCGGCGCGGCAUGUUCGCCACCUGCAUCGUCUGCGUGGACCUCUUCAACAUGGAGGGCCCCGAGCUGAAGACCAAGGACUUCCAGGUGGGCUGCUUCGACCCGGCGGCCGAGGCCUGGGAGCGGCUGCCGCUGCUCAAGAGCCUCUACUGUGCGCGCUGCGUGGCCGUGCGCGAGCGGCUCUUCGUGGCGGGCGGCGUGCACACCGACGACUCCUACUCGGACACGCUGCACGAGUACUGCGCGCUGCGCGGGCGCUGGAGCCAGCUGGCCUGCAUGUCGGUGGCGCGCGCCUCGCACGGCUUCCUGGCCUGCGGGCCGCGGCUCUUCGCGCUGGGCGGCUGGCGCGGCUACGAGGAGUACCUGGACUCGGCCGAGAGCUUCGACCUGGCCGCGCGGCGCUGGGCGCCCAUCGCCCGCAUGCCGCUGGCGCUCAGCCACUUCGCGGCGGCGGCGCUGCGCGGCCGCCUCUACCUGGUGGGCGGCGUGACCGACGCGGUGGGCUCGUGGUACGCCUCGCGCAAGGUGCUCAUCUACGAGGUGGGCGCCGACGCGUGGAGCCAGGUCUGCCUCAACAGCGAGUGCUACUGGGCCGGCGCCGUGGCCAUGAACGAGGGCAUCUACGUGGUGGGCGGCUACUUCCGCAGCCGCGCGCGGCACCGCCAGGAGCGCUGGCCCGACGCCGGCAACCUGCACUGCACGCGCCGCUGCUUCUUCCUGGGCCCCGACGGGCGCGUGGACCGGCGCGUGGCCGUCCCGCGCCUGCCCGUCGAGCUGGCCGGCGCCGGCGUGGUGCGCUGGAAGCGGCGCAUCUACGUGCUGGGCGGCGAGAACACCUACCUCUACAACCGCCUGGAGGGCGAGAGCGACGAGGAGUACUACAACACCGUCUACUACUGGGAGCCCGGCGCGCCCAAGUGGACGCGCUGCGCCCAGCGGCUGCCCUUCACCAGCUGGGGGCUGAGCGGCUUCGGCUGCGCCGCCAUGAAGCUGCCCAAGAAGCCCAUCCUGGAGCUCUUCCGCAAGACCGCCGUGGCGCUCACGGCCGUCGAGGCGCCGCCGCCGCCGCCGCCCGCCUCCUAA